GUAGUUCAACUUUUUGUACCGAAACAUGGCUUUCACUGGAAAGUCAAAUUUAAACAGCUUGAAAAACAUUCAAAUUUCUUUAUCUAAAUUUGAUUCUUCCAUCUAUGGUACAUGAUUGGGGCGACAAUAGCUGUCGCUUGUUGCGCGAGAGACAACUUCUGCAGCAGCCAGCAGCAUGUCCGCGGAGUUGCCUGGAACCGUCGCAGGGACAAUGUGUCGACAUCAAAGUCGUCAAGCUAGUCAAAGGCGAACCGGACAUUGUCAAGGAAUCGCCAAUACGUCGCCGGAUAGAUCUAACCGAAGCGUGUGCCAAGUGUGACACUCGGAACACGGAGAAAUGCUGCAAUUUGUGUGAGGCGCGGGCCGCAAAGGAACCAAAUCUCUGCUCUGCAGCAUGCAGGCCCCAGAGCACAAUGCUCAACACGAGGCAGUUGGUGCAACCGGCGCGACCAAGACCUCCGUAUAAGCACUCCGUUUUCUUGGAUGACAACACUUUGGUGGGUCGCGUUUUUCCAAUGAAAUUCCGGAUACGGCGCAAGGAAUGCUCGUGCCACAACUGCCGGCGGGAUCUGGUGGCACGCGAAACUGUGACGGGCAACGAGGAUCUGAUACUGUUAUCCAACUGCUGCAACGUGGAGAUCUAUCCGCGCCACAAGCUGGACAACUGGCAUCGUGUGCCCGUCAGCACGAUAACCGGCGACAAACAUUUCUCCAAGAAAAUCAUCGACGAGGUCUGCAAACUGGAGCCCAAAAAAGUGCCACCUCCGCCUCCGGUCAUCGAGCUAGCGAAACGCAAAUCAUCGAAGCCACCAAAAAAGAAAAAAAAGAAGAAAAAGAAGAAAAAAGGUAAAAAAGGCAAGAAGGGCAAAAAGAAGAAGUAAAAUACGGUGCUUCGA